AAGCUGGAGAGAGGGAGGAGGGACUGAAUGAGAGGAGAGCGAGGAAGAGGGGGAGGAGCCAGGCUGUCAAGGUGAACCGAUAAACCCCCUUUUUUAUUAGCCUUCCUGUCCUGCUCCCGGUCGAGAGGAGACAGAGUGCCGGGGAGCUCGCAUCCUUUACGGGCGAUAAUCUGACAAUAGCCGGUGGAUUGUACACGAACCGGUCAGGGAACGGAUGCAAGAAAGUGGUUUAAUUAUAAAAAAUAUAUAUUUUAAGAUCGAUUUUGUAGUUAUUUUUAUUUUUAUUUUGGACAUACAACUUACAUGGCAUGGAGCGAGCUACUUAAGUGCGCCAUCUCGUUAGAAAUAAGAGCAGCGUGAGGUCCAGGAGUCCCGCUGGGAUCUGAAAGGGAAGAAUUUGGCGUCCCUGUGGUGCAGACGGACCCCCGACUCUGUUCCUCCACAGCCCUGAAGGGACCAGCUUUUUGACUUCACUUCCAAGAACGUGUCCAACAGGGUUUUACACAUCAACUCUGAGUUAUUGGCCUAUUCUGAUUGGACGUUGCCUCGGUUCAUCCAGGCUUUUGUGUCUUCUAGAUUCCACAAUUUCUCUUUUUCCUCUUGUAUUUUGGACUUGAAGUUCAGCCUUAAAAGUUAGAUGAAGUUACAGCUUUAUUUUCCAUCCGAAAAGAUUGAAACCUUUUUCAGUGUCCACCACUGGCUGAGUGUGGAUUAUUGAAAGAAGUCUGGUGGAGCCUUUGGAGAAUUGAAAUGGAUGUUUGCUGCUGCUGAUUUCAAAGACCUCUGGACGGAUACAGCUGAUUAACAUGCAGAAAGAAAGAUUUGUUUAAUUUCCUGCUAUUUAACUCGGAACUAAUUGGAACUAUUAAACAGCUUUUGGACCAUUCAGUAACUUUGAAAUGAAUAUAGACUCUGAUAUGAGUUGAAAUGUAUUUAUCUUUUGAUAUUUCAAAAGGGCAUAAUCAAGAUUUUCAUAAAAAUGUUUACAGUGAAUUUGCAGCUCUAGCACAUUAGGUUUUUCAUUUCUAGAAAGGCAAUUUGAACACAUUAUAUUUUGUUUGCCCAGUUUCUGUUUGAACGUGGAAUAUCCUGUAAUUUAUAUUCUGUGGCAAGCCGCCGCUGUCACCAAGCCAAUUAACCUCAUCAUUAACUUUCGGCAUUUAGAUUCUUUGUGAACCUUCUUCAAGGAAAAUCAUUUAAAUUACGUUUCAUUUAAUGAGGAUGCUAAUGUAGGUGAUCGCACAUGUUAUUGAGGAUGCUACUUUUUAUUGACGGCCCUUCUUAAACACGACCAAGGCUGUAACUGUGAAUCAUAUAUAAUAUAUCCAGAAAUGUAACAGUUUUUGUCAGUAAAGCUAAAGAUUAUACCUAAUGGAUUUCCUCAUCAACCAUCCAUGGGAACUUUUUUUAAAUUGAAAUGAUUGCCAUUUACCUUUCUUCAGGAAAUUCUAAGGACCUUGGAUAUCGUUUUCUUGAUAAUUUCAACAAGGAAGCAUAAGCCAUUUAAUGUCUGUGUAAAGAAUUGAAAGAGCGGCCAUCGUGAAACAACCCGAAGUUAACAGAGUAUUGGAUCUUAUUUUUUGUAAAAAAAAAACAUUUUCACUGAACUGACUUCAAAGCAUCAGUAUUUAAGUCACGUGGCUUAAAAGUUGCAGACAGAAACAUAAAACCUCUCUUGGACUGCUCUUAACUGCUUAUAUUUUGUAAAUGCUCCCCUUGGAUUACAGCCCAAAGGAUAGCAAUGUCAGCAACUUGAUUUUUUACUGAAUGUAAAAGUGACAGAAUUUUGCUUAUUGACCGUGGGAACACAAGCCACAAGCUUGCACAGAUUAACAGCGUCCAGAGGACAACGCGUACAUCCCACCCUGUGUACCUUACAUCACUUCUUCCUGUCUCUGGGGGACCUCUCAGCCCUUCCUCUCCCCACCAUGGUGAUGUCUCAGGGCACCUACACCUUCCUGGCCUGUUUCUCCGGCUUCUGGUUGGUCUGGGCCGUUAUCGUCAUGCUCUGCUGCUUCUGUAGCUUCCUGCAGCGCCGGCUGAAGCGCCACCAGGAGGAGAGGCUGAGGGAGCAGUGUCUGCGAACCGUAGAGAUGGGGCCACUCGGCUGCCCCCCCACAGGAUACCCGUCGCCGCCUCCUCCUCCACCCUUACAGCUGCCCAGAGAUCCCCCGCAGUUCUGUCCUCCUCAAACCCUGUCGCCACCUGUCCCUCUGCAGGUUCCUCAUCCCAUGCCACAGGCAAACUGGAUCAGCAUGCCAGACACAGACGUAUUUGGGAAGCCGCCCUGCUAUGAGGAGGCAGUUCUGAUGGAGGACCCUCCCCCACCCUACAGUGAGGUCUUGUUGGACCCGCGGGGAGGCACCUACCUGAAGCCCGUUCCGCCCCGAGCUGCGCCCCCACAGCCCCCACCCAUUAGGGAACACCAGGAUCCAGCUCCGGUGUUCACAACGGAGACCAGCAAGCCUCCUGUAGCGCCCGUAUUCCCUGAGCGAGGUUACUCCUCCCUCAUUCGCCUGCCUUCAUCCCAGCGCUGGGACUCAUUGGGUCAUCUCUUAUCCAACAUAGACCUGAACCACAACAACCUCACGCCGCCGGGGGCCCGCUCCAUCCAGGCAGCUGCCACGAUGGCGACCAUGCCCCGGAGAGAGCCCAGGACUCAACAUGGGCUGCGAGGGGGGAUUCAAGGACUCAGUGGAGGCAUACAAGGACUCAGUGGAGGGAUACAAGUACUUCAAGGGGGGAUUCAGGGGCUUCAGGGGGUUCAUGGACUAAGGGGACUGGAGCCCAGUUGCGGCCUGCCAACAGCCUUCCCUCUUCUGGGUCGUAGCACCGCCGUUUAGACCUUGAUUAUUAGAAAAUAAGUCUUAGUAACCAAUGAGUGGGUCUAUCUCUAAAGAGCCUUCAAGCAGGAGAUCUAUAAAGAUGCCUCCUUUUCUGCUCAGUUUUUACAGCACUAACAGCGCUAGUAGUAGAGAUAUAAUCCCCUGAAGAUCUAAAAAGUGCUGCGAAAGGCGUCAGGAGUUAAAUUCCCCAGGCAGCUCUGUUGCUGGGAUCAUGGCUUUCGGCUCGGAGUAAAAGAGGAAAUUAAACACAACAUCUCGCACCAGUGUGGUUGAGUUACAGAGGCAUGCUGGUGUCACAGUAACGAUGUUUGAGUCUUUCAAACAACAGAGAAGGAGAAAAAAAAGGAUGAGUAAUAAUUCCAAAGGAUGAGCAACAAGCACAGCUGUUUCUCCACCUUUCAUCCUCCAUUUUUUUUAUCUCCCCCUUUCUUUGUGUUCAUCCCGGUUCUCCUCUCGUUUCUCUGUGUCGAAACAACCUAUUGUACCAGCCUGCCGUUGCCAUGGUUCCCGGGAACUGUCUGUUGCUCACGUCGACCUCUCCUCUUUUAUCCGCACGGAAUUUCCGAAAGACUCUGUUCACAGCUCGUCUCAAGGACUGCAAGUAUUAACGGUGACAAAAGAGCGUGUGAGCCUUCAGUGUGGAGUCGGCCACCAUGUUUGUGACUUUAAAGCCCCGAAGGCCAGUUUUUACACCGACAGACAAAACAAACGGAGUACAACAAGCUCUCCAGAGAACCAAUCCUACUUGGAUUGCAUUUUGUAACAUGCUGCGUUGUUGUUUCUAAUGACGUUACUGCAAACUGUUGCGGUUUGGCCUCGAUCUGGUAGUCUGGGCCCUUUUGGUGGUCGCAGAAUGGCGACGUCUGGGUCAUUUGAGUGAAAAAACAAAAUGUUUUCAUGUACAAAUGUUACUAUCAUUCUCUUAAGCUUUGUGACAAAUGCUCGAAUUGAUCUUGUGAAAUAAAAACAUCUUCACAUGCUA